UCAGAGCCACUCCCGUCCUCCUCCCUCACCCGCGACCACCACCGCAGCCUCCUCCUCCUCUCGGGCCUCCGCCCUACGUAGUUCCCGCCUAAAGCUGGCCGCUUUCGAAAGGGGCCGCUUUCGUCAGGCUGCAGUAUAGAGUCCUUCUCUGGCGAGCGGGAUGGGGAAAGGAAAGGCAACGCACUUCCCGGAAGCGCUGGUAGCCACGGAGACCGUUCCAGGAAGGACGCGUUGCCAUAGCGGCGCCGUUGCUGCUGCUGCUCCGGGCUGACAGGGAACAUGCAGUCGCCCUCGCAGGCUGCGAAGAUGGAGGAGAAAGUGGAGGAGGAGAAAACGGAGGAGAAAGCGGAUGAGGAGAAAACGGAGGAGAAAGCGGAGGAGGAGAAAGCGGAGGAGGAGAAAGCGGAAGAGCCGGAGGAUGCGGCAGACGACGACGACGAUUACUACGACGAAGACGACGACGAUUACGGAGAUGAUGAUGACGACGAGGACGACGACGACGAGGGUGGAGGAGGCAGCAGGGGGGCUCGGCGGAGGCGCCGAAAGUCAAUCCGUCCCGACUCGGGAUUCAAACUCGAUACCGCCGAGUUUGGCUCCGAUACGGGGCUUGAAACCGAAGCGGGAAUCGGGGAACAAUCCGAGCAGGAUCGUCAGAGUCCCGCCCUGAUGGGCCCUUACUUUUUAGCCUGGACUCCCGAAGAGGUGGCCGAGUGGAUCGAAGCGCUGGGAUUCCCCCAGUACAAGGAGUGUUUUACUGCAAACUUUAUCUCUGGGCGCAAACUCAUCCAUGUAAAUUGUUGUAAUCUACCACAGAUGGGGAUAACUAACUUUGAGCAUAUGAAGGAAAUUUCACGGCAUAUGCGAGAAUUGCUGGAAAUAGAGGAGCCUCUCUUUGUCAGAAGCAUCUCUCUCCCGCCAAGAGAUAAUAUGGGUUUGUUUCUGGAGCAGAAAUCACGGACCGGAAAACGAAGUGAUGCCCUUACCUAUUCUCAGUUUAUCGAAGACUCAGGAUUACGUGACUAUGAGCCAGCACCACCGCAGGAUGGAAGUUCAUGGCAUGGAAGUUCACCAUAUAAAAGUGAACUUUUACGGCAAAGUAGCUCACGGCGGACCAGCUCACGGCGGACCAGCUCACGGCGGACUAGCUCACGGCGGACUAGCUCACGGCGGACUAGCUCACAUCAAGCUAGUUUGCAGCAAGCUAGCUCACAGGAAAUGAGCUCACAACAUGGUAGCUCAUAUUCCCAAAAGAAAUAAAUUGGUUUUAACACUAUGAAGUUGAGUGUAGUCCCCAUUCACUGGGCAGCUAAUGGGACUACCUGAUCUUAAAGGGCAAUUUUAGUGGUCGCAGAGCAAACAGAUAUGUGCUUUUCUGCAGCCUAAUCCUAAAUAUAGCAAGGAGGACAAUCAUGCAGCUGUGGUGUCAACACAGAAACAGAGCACACAGAAACAGAGGAGAUUGUUCUUACUGGAGUUUAUCUUAAGGUCUUUUCCUUGCUCUUUGUGAGGGCUCACAUUGGCCUGAUUCACACAACAGCCUAAGCCUAAACCAUUGCUUAGCCCAAGUGUUUGUACAAGUGUGUGGAGGCUCCUGGAAAGGAGAUUGCAUAUGAUUUGGUCCUUCCUGCUCUUUCUGCUACUCACUGAGCUAAGACAUGGUCUGGCUUAUAAUGUCUUCCAAACACAGACUAAUGGUUUAGGUACCAUGGGCAAACCAUAAACUGUAAAUCUUAGGGCAAAUCUUAAAGCUUGUGGUUAGUGUGAAGAGAACAAAACUGAAGUGAGUGGGCAUAGGCCACGGGUACAAGAAAUUGGCCUAUGCUUCUCAGGAAUUAACUUCAGGAAUAUAAGCCAUUUUGCCUUUCUGAAAAAUCCUAUAUUCUGUCUCCCUGUGCCUAUGACAGUCAGCAUUGCCUAUGUUUACAUAAAGCCACCUGGUUAUAGAAUGUCCGGAACGUUUAGUCAUAGGAAUAGGCCAAGCUGAAAUUGCUUUUGACGCCUGCCCUUCAGGAGAUGCAGGAUCCAGGACAGAGGUAACUUAGUGGGUCGCAGUAACCAUGGAUGUUCCCAAAUAGGGUUGGGAUGAGCUCUUCCAAUAUGGGGUAAUCCCGGAUGUCCCAAAUAUGGUGGGGGAUGAGUUCUUCUAACAAGGAGAUGAAAUUCAUAAAUGGUAAAGGGAAUGGGCCUUGCCUUCAUCGAUUGGUAGUUCUUUGUUCUAAAUGAGCCAAUCUGAUUGGUUCUGUAAUGUAUGGCUACCCAAAAGGUAUAAAUGUUUGAGACACCCAUUGUUCUGGGCUCGGCUUUAGGAAGUAUCCUCUGAGCCAUUGCUUGCUGUCAGCAAACAAUGAAAUUUACUUUUCUUUUCUCUACUGCUGCAUGGCAAAGUUUUCUUCAGUCUGCGUGGCAACCCUACAAAACCAUGAGCCCAGGGAUCAAUGAGCCAAACCAUGGUUUAGCUUAGUACAGCACAUUAGCAGUACAGUCAAGUACAGUCGGCUUCCAAAAUGUUCGACAACCAAGGUACAGCUUCCAACUGGCUGCAGCAGCUUCCUGCACUCAAGCAGAAGCAGCAUUCGGCUUCUGAAAAACAUUCGAAAGCAUUUACUUCUGAGUUUUUGUCGUUCGAGAGCUGAAAAGUUCAAAAACGGAGGUGUUUUGGAUCGGAGGUUUGGCUGUAUGUAUAUUGUCAUUGGAGCCAUGGUUUGUCUUAACAGGGUGUGUGAGCCAGACUGUAGUGUGAUGGCUGUGACCAUGCACUGUGAAAGCCAUGGUUAAAACUUUGCCUCAGCCAUGAUCUCACCAUUUAGCCUUAGUCAAGCAACUAUCCCUCAUUCAUAGUAUCGUCAUCUACAGUACACAUUUGUAAGGAUUACCUAGAUUACCUAUAUUAAGUGUAUAGUA